AGGGCAUGAAGAUGCAGGCAGCUUGAGAAAAAAACAUUAAAAGAGGGAGGAGGGGGUAAAAGCCUGACAGAUGAGUGGAGUGAAGCACAGCACAGAGGGAGUGGCGCAGAACGGCAAGAGAGUCCGCUCAAACCAGAGACAGAAGUGGAGAAGACGUGUGAGUGGGGUAAAAACCCUGAGAGAAAGCAGACCUGUGGAGGAGGACAGAUACAGGACGGCAAGCUGAUAAAAUAUAGUGGACUGGUAACUCUGAGGGGGCUGUUUGACCAAGCUGGUUUCCAAAGUGACAACAUGGGAGCAGUGGUGGGCACUUUGACCAUGCAAACCAAACAGAGGAGACUAUCAAGAGCUAUAAACAGGUCCCUAGUUUCAUAAUCCUGGAGCACAGUUUCCAGUGGAGAGCUUGUUUUUUGAAGAUAAAGCUGAUGAUGAGCUUGAGAUGACCAUGGUGUGUCACAGGCCGGAGGGUCUCGAGCAACUGGAAGCCCAAACUAACUUCACCAAGCAGGAGCUGCAGAUCCUCUAUCGUGGCUUUAAGAAUGAAAGUCCCAGUGGAGUCGUAAAUGAGGAGACCUUCAAACACAUUUAUGCACAGUUUUUUCCUCAUGGAGAUGCAAGCAUGUACGCUCAUUAUCUUUUCAACGCUUUUGACACUACAAACAAUGGCUCCAUUAAAUUCAAGGACUUUGUGAUGGGCUUAUCCCUUCUGCUGAGGGGGACCCUGAGGGAAAAGCUGGAGUGGACAUUUCAUCUUUACGACAUCAACAGAGAUGGAUACAUAAACAGGGAGGAAAUGACAGAGAUUGUAAGGGCCAUUUAUGACAUGAUGGGCAAGUACACCUACCCCGUGUUAAAGGGAGAUGUCCCACAGCAGCACGUGGAUGCCUUUUUUCAGAAAAUGGAUAAGAACAAAGAUGGAGUGGUGACUUUGGAAGAGUUUAUUGUAGCCUGCCAAGAGGAUGAAAACAUGAUGAGGUCCAUGCAGCUGUUUGAAAACGUGAUGUAGGACAAGUCGAAAUAAAGAAGACAAAAACAUGGCAAACCAGAGGGCUUUGUGUGAGUGAGUGAGUGAGUGAAUGUGUGUGUGUGUGCUUGGGGGGGGGGGGUGAACAUGUCCAGUACAUCCAGUCUCUCCUCCUGUUCCUGCUCUCACCAGCUGAGCUCUGGAUACAGCCAGAGCUUCCUGUGAUGACACUAAUGAAGGGACUGGAGUGGAAUGCCCUCAGCCUUCCUGCCGAGUUUGGCCACACAGCAACAUGAUUAACGUGACAGGCGUUGAGCUCCGUCACAAAGAUUGGCCUUUUAUAGAUCCAGAUGCUCUGACAUUUCAAGGAUGCCUGUGACCUUCGAAGAAACAUGCAUUCCAGAGGUGGACCUGUUUAUGUUUGUGCCAUGUGUCAUUUGUUCAUUUCAACCUAAAUGUACCUGCAUGUGUUUGAAAAAACGUUUUACUUCCCUAUAUUUGCUUGAUUUCUCCUGGAAAAUUGGCCAUAAGGACAGCUGCAUUUAUUGACUCAUAUAUCCAGUGGUUCAACUGAUUUAAAAUGCCAUUUGUACGUUUUUUGGAUUCAGUGACCUUUGUACAUUUGUGUUAACUCGACUGCUGCUCAGAAGUCUGUCCUAUGCUUGUUGUUCAUCUGUGUAAUGCCUGUAUUAGAGAGUUCAAACAUUUUAAGGCUGUAAAUUAUAUAGAUCUCACACGC